CCCCUGUGAGCCAGAGACAUGUCGUGCUGCCAGCCCUGCAACCCUUGCUGCCAGCCCUGCGGCCCGACCCCGCUGGCCAACAGCUGCAAUGAGUGCUGUGUCAGGCAGUGCCAGAGCUCCACUGUUGCCAUCCAACCCUCUGCUGUUGUGGUGACCCUGCCUGGGCCCAUCCUCAGCUCCUUCCCACAGAACACCGUGGUGGGAUCCUCCACCUCCGCUGCCGUUGGCAGCAUCCUCAGCUGUAAUGGAGUGCCCAUCAACUCCGGGGGCUUUGACCUCUCCUGCAUCACCAACUGCUACCGUGGCAGAUGUCCCCCCUGCUAAAGCUGCUGGCAACGUCCUGGGGCAAGAUCCUCCAAGACCUCACAACAGGAUGCUGCACUGAAAACAGAACUUUGAGACGCUGUAUUUGGAGCUUCAUGAUGAUGUUUCCUUCUCCCGCUCUUCCACCUCUUUCCUUUGUUUUCUGUUAUCCUUCCUCCCUCUACAAGGCAGGCAGAUGGACAACCUGCAGGAGCUCCACUGCAUCUUAGUGGCUGUUCCUCGGGCUCAUUGUGAGCCACCUCCUUUUCUUCCUUAAACUCAAUAAAUCUGUUGUGCUUCC